AUGUCGGCGUGUUACCCGCGCAUCAUAGUCCUGCGGAACAAAUCGAACGGCCAAAACGAUUGUAUAAUAAUGUAGUCGAUUUUCCCAAACGAUUUUGAUUUUUUUUUUUUUUUUCACUAUUACAUACACCCAUUCCUCCUUCCACUCCCCCGUUUGUGCAACGGCCGUCUUCUUCGAUCCGUCUCGGUCAGUGUCCCCCCACAAGAUACACCUGCUAUAAUAUCAUUUUAUUUCCCGGUAUUCGGCAUUUCCCGCGUGUUGGUUUUUUGUCCGCGAUUUCCGUCAAUCCGCAGUAACCGAAAUCCACGCGCAGUCGCGGGCCGUUGUAUCUGUCGUUUCCCCCGUCCGUAUGAAUUGUCCACGGUCCUUGCCGCGCCCGCGUUUUCAGACGUCCAGAACUUCUCCGCGUUGUCCGAGGUAAAUCGCGUCCUUCGGACGUGCCCCAUCAUUGCGUCCGGUCUUUGUCGCACUGGCUUGUUCUUCGCUGGAAACGCCCGUUUCCGUAAAGCGUUUCAUCGAAAAGUACUAUCGAGCGUGUACUCUCCGGACUGCAUAAACUCCAAACACCAAACCGCAUCGUUUGCCGUGACGGGCACGGGCAUUCACAAAACCCUACGGCGCGCACGUUCUGUUCCCCAAAUCGAUUAUCGCCGGUCAAUUCGUUCGGGGACAAGCCGCGAGGUGAUGCGACAAUAUUAAAACAAUCUCCGUUCCGGCGGUCGAUCGACUACGUUUCUCUCCGCGACCGCCGUUCCGGCGAUACGCGUGGUUGGCGCUGCGAUUCCCGGCGCGCUCGCGUUGAUCGUCCCGCGGAAUCGGCGAACAAAAUAUCGGGCACUCCGUUCGUUCGGUCGCCGCGGGCGGUCACAGGUUUCGAUCGUAUCCGCCGGUACGCGAUUAGCGCUGCGCUAUACGCAAUACCGCGUCAACGGAUCGCUUGUCGGCGAUUUCGCGACAGCGUGACGCACGCGGCAAAACACGCCCGUCGGUAUCAUCGUUAUCGCCGUUUGUUAUACCGCGGUGCAAUAAUAAUAAUAAUAAUAGUAGCAGCAAUAGUAACGCGGCGAUUACUUAUCGUGCGGGGAAAAAAACGACGCGGCGAUAGUCUCCUCACCCGUUUCCCGUGUACGUACUACGCACGCGUCUCUCCGCCCGAAACUUUACGCGCAGAUUUACUACUCCCCCGGGGCCGUAUGCCGGCGGUUUUUUUUUCCACGUUCGCAAGCCAUAAAUUUCCUCUACGGUCUUCUUUAAACGAUCUCUCUGUCUUCUUAUCUGUAUAG